GUUUACGCUAGCUCGUUAGAAGAUACUUGAUAUUGAGUGGAUUACCUUGGCUAAAGCGCUAGUUUCAUUUUUUUCCGGUACUUUGCAUACUAUGGGCCGUUCUCACUCUCAAUAUAGCUCUCCGAGUUCAUCCAGUGGAAAACUGAAAGGUCAUCACACAAAAACGCGUAGUCGUUCUCAUCGUAAGAAAGCUAAAAGAAAGUCUUCCAGUCGAAAUACAUCUGAAGACUGUCAAAAAGCUAAAAUACGUAAUUUAACUAAAAGGAUAUGCAGUAUGGUGGACGCAGAUAAAAAGCGUAGUCGUUCUAAAAAGCUCAAAGAUAAAUUAACAUCAUGUGGAUGUCCAUAUAAUUGUGAAGGCGAGAUUCAAGCAUUACGCAAAAAUAUUGAAAGUCUUCGUUCAGGUCUUAGUCAUGGUUAUAAAGAUAGACCGACUUUUCAACUGGAACACUUCAUUGAAGAUCACUAUCAGCUCCUUUCUGAAGCUUGGAUUUCUAUCGGUCCAUCAAAACUUCAAGAUCUUGUCUCCGCUAGUCUGCUAUCCAUAUGUGCUAGACGAGAGCGUAGAGAUGCAAAACAUUCCUCCGGUAAAAAUCGAAGAGUUUCUUGUAUUAUUCAACCUUUCUUGUCUUUUGAUGGAAGUGAUUAUCAGCUUGGUGUCUCAGAAUUAUGGCAUAGAUGUAUCCAAGAGCUAGAUGAUUUAUCAGUAGAACAAGUCAAAACCAUCUUAAAUGGAACAGGAAAUCUUGAUCCGACCGAGUUGGUUCGUAAUCCUAAUACUAUAUGUAAUGCUAUCAGCUCCGAUAACAAUCAUAUUUCUCAUUCUCCAACAUCAAGUAAACCAAAUGAGAAAACAUCCGAAAAACAAAUCCAUGAUGCUGACUCGACUACUGCUUUGUGUUCAGUCCUUGAGAGACAAAAGGUCAAUGCUGCUACUGCUGUCGCUGAUCGUGUCAGCGACGGUGAUAAGAUCCAAGAAAAUCUAGAACUAUCAGCAACUUCCUGGUCAUCUGCAGAUGAUGAAGAUCUUCAGAAGGAAGAAAAACACCCACCAACCGAAGAGACAUGUAUUUCAAAUCCAAAUGAUUUAGUAGUAUGUUUUCGGUGUGAAAUUUCGAUAUUAUCUAUUUAUCUGUGCUAAACUGGAUAACCAUUUUUGGAUCUAUAAGCCGCAAUUAGGAAUAGUAGUCUAAUUAAAAGUCCAUAAUCCACUAAGUGAAAGUGUUCGCUAGUUGAAAAAGAUUUAGUUCAUCAAGAAAUUACUGAACUAGAAAUGCGAGCUCGCGCUAUUCGUGCUAUGCUCAGAACUAAAUCUGCUCAACUGAAAGCAUAGUCUGUGAAGUCCCCCUCCCCUCAGCCCCCAGAUUUCUUUCGCUUUCUUCUUUUUCAGUAACCGAAUUGGCUAGUCUGAUUGUUUUUCAUUGUUUCAUUGCUGCACAAUUAGUUGUUGUAUUGAAAUGCAUACCAUUUUUAAUUUCUUAAUUUUUGUCUGUUAUGUUCUGCUUUAUCAUAGUAUUUCCUCAGAAUACAACUAAUGAGCGUGUAAACUAAAUUUUCAAAUUGUGUUUUUAUAUUAUGAAGUCAAAAAGAUGUUGACAGAAAUGAAAUAAAGUACUUCAUCUUUUUAUCAAGGA